AUGUGUCUCGAACGCCCCGUCUUACGAAUCGCACGCGGUUUCUGCCCAAGACCGGGUCGACGUGGCGGUUGGGCAAUCUUGCUCCUUGUUCCCUUUGCCUUCUGGAAGUACCUCGUCGACCACGAAACUGGUCGAACGACCACCAACAUCCUCGUGGGAUGGACAGCUCUAGCGCCCGUCCCACGUCGUCAAAGGUGCCGACUGGCUCAACAACCAUGGUCACAAGGUCCCGCCAUGGUCCAGCUCCAUCCGUCCGACACGAAGCCGCAUGGGUGCCUACGAUUCCGUACAUGGCUUCAUCUUCCAGCAUCCUAUAGAUGCCCUCCACAGGUCUCAAUCCGGAAGGUAUCCAAGGGGCCCCCGCGAAAUCAUCCUUGCACGGUUACCAUGCUUCGCGAAGGCAGUGGCGAUCUUUGCGGGGAUGGAUAUUACACGGGGGCCAAUGGCCGUGCGGCCAGCUAA